UACAGUCACACCCCCGCAGCAGGACCAGAAGAGUGGGAAACACAGCAGAUCGUGUGAACGGAACCUGUGUUGUUAUGAGACCCGGAGGAUUCCGAACCCUGCGCACCUGAGAGAGAGAGAGAUCCCGGUUAAACCCCAUCGAGAUCAAGUGAGAACGAGUGUGUUUGUGGACUGAACAGAGGGAGAAGCGACCAGACUGCGAGUCAGAGAUCGAGCGAGUUAGACCAGAGCGGAAGCGGGAGCUGCUCGACGCCACUUGGUGACACCUUCCUGUCAGGUGGAAUCGCAACGUCGCAGGGAAAUGUACGGGUCCUCGGGAAUCCCCGAGCUCCUCCCUCCCAGAACCAACCCUCACCAGCCUGCCAACCCUGGGCCCUUCAACCCGGGCCACCAGCCGGCCGGUGGACCUCAUGGUGGAGCGAACCCUCAGAGACUCGGCCAGAGAGCUCCCAAGUUGGGCCAGAUCGGUCGCAGUAAGAAAGUGGAGCUGGACGAUGAAGACUUGGAUGACAUCAUGAACAACAACGGCCAGUGUGCUGUGUCCAUGCCAGUCUCUUAAACCUGAAAGGGAUGUGGCCAAACGCUGCCCGUGGAUCUGUGGUGGUACCGGCCCUCGUGGUACUGAUCUCUGAUCAGGUCUCAGUGUUGAAGGUGCCAUGGGUCCGGACGACUUUGUCCGCUCAGCAGUGAAAUGGAGACUUUGACAUGGCGGCAUUUGUAAUAACUUGUUUGGACUGUGAAGGAGUCGCUGCACGGUGAUUCUCCUCAUGAGGAUCUUACUGGUCACCAUCUGAUCAUGUGACCGCUUGUCUUGGAAUUACAGGUAUCUGAAUAAUUUAUUGAAGAGUGAUUGAUUUUGAUCUGAGUUGUUGUUGCUGCUGACCUGACCGUUGACGUGCAUGAGUCACUUGACUAGUCUGCUUAACAGCAUGCAGCGGCCACGUUCUAACCCUAACCAUAGCUGUCAGGGUUGGUUUUGAAAAUUAAACACUGGAUUUGUGUGAAAUUGUAUGUACAGAUGUAUUUUGCCUCUAGUCAUAAUUUGACUUAUUUAUUAUUGUGUUCUGUGUUUAAAAAUGUUUUGUAAGUAUGUUGCUUGAUGACAUUCAAAAUAUGCCGACGAAAAGACAAAAGCCUAAUUUCCUACUUUAGCACAUUGAUUCAGUUGACUUAAAUAUUUGAGGAAAUUUGGAUUGAGCAAAGAUGUAUUUUUCUAUUCUUAACAAGCGAUUUUACAUGUCUGACUGUGAUGUUUGACUUGAUUGUAUAAACUAUACAGAAUGCACUGAAAUGUAUGCAGUUUAUCUCUGUAGACUCUGAAGACCAAAUUGAGAAAAAUUGAGAAUUUGCACUUAGCUGUUACACACUUUUUUUUCUGUGAUCGAGGCAUGUUUGAUGUUAUUGGAAAAGUAGUUACACGUGCCUACAUGUGGAAAUGCAAUGAAAAACGUUGUCUCUUAAUGGGUCAAAUUUAAUUACCACUAGAGGUCGCUCAAUAUCUGUUUUUCUUUUCUAAUUACUCGUCUCAUAUGCAAGAAAAAAGUGUCCUUAAAUAAGAAAAAAAAAGUUACGAAAUGCAUUUGUCAUUGUAGACUUCUCUGUCUAUUGGGCCUCUCCAGCUUAGCUGGUGCUGGUCUAACUAUGUUACCAAUGAUCUACGCUUACAAAUGAGCUCUGCCUUUUUGAACUGUUUUUGUUUUUAAUGAAUCAUUUUUCCCCACGAUCGAUGAUGUCACCCAAACAAAUGUCUGCAUGAAAACCGGUCAAAUAAAAGUUUUGGAGUGAAAUCUGUGUCAGAGUC